CUCCCCGCCACUGCGCUGCAGAUCAGACAGCCUAAACUUUCUGAUUUCUCUGAAUAGUUUUUAUUCAUCUUCAGAAAACUGCGCUCACAGACCGAGAGGAGACUGAUGGACCAGCAGCAGCAGCAGCAGCAGCAGCGCGGCUUCUUCUGACCCUCACUCUGAUCUGCAGUGGACAGCACUUCUAGAAGAUGGCAUCCAGCCCUAUUGACCCAUAUGUCUUCUCCUCUGACACACUUCCCACCGACCUCCGGUUCCUACCUCCACUGGCCAAUGGCCGGCUGGGCUGGAGAGUGUUUUGGACGGUUAUGCAUAUGGGUGGAGUUUAUAAUGGAGAGAAAGGAGCUUGUCACCGUGCUGAUAUACCAUGUCCACUGUCUGUAAAGAUGAGGACUGAAGAGGAGGGAAACCAAACAUACACUUUGGACACACACACAGGUAUAUUCACUCACUCUGUCCUUACCUCUCGUGUGCAGGCAUCUCAGCUGUUUUACGCACACCGGCAGUACCCCAACCUGCUCGUCAUGGAGGUGUUCCUGAAGCGCCAGGCUGCUACCGAGGACCCCAUCACAGUCAUGCUUGACAGUUCCUUCUCACCAUACAGUGAUGACAUCUCUUUCCAAGCUGCUCCAGACUAUAAAGGAGGAAGGCAUAUCUUUGGGCAGGCUAACUCUGCAGAGGUUCCUGGAGGACAUCGUCCCAGCGUGCACCUGAUCUGGACCCCAAUUGCCUCCUCUGUAAGUCUUCAGCCUGAUCAGAGUCAGUCUCGCUGGGGUUUUAUCCUUGCGGUUGCAGAGAGCAAUGAGACGGUUCAGGCUUGUUUCGACACUGGCAUGGAGCUCUUUGAACAAGGUGAUCUGCAGACCUCCCAUCAAAGGGCCUGGGCAGAACUGUGGCUGGACAGCAGGGUGGAGCUGGCAGGACCACUACCCCUCAGUCGAGCCGUGAUUGGCUGCAUGUUCUACCUCCUUAGUGCCUUCCCGUCACUCAAAGAGGCACCCAGCCCGUUUGGGGGCGUCAGCCCUGGAGGACUGUCCAAUGGGGGGCAGGGGCAGGACUACUGGGGACAUGUGUUCUGGGAUCAGGACACAUGGAUGUAUCCGAGCAUUGCACUGUUUUACCCUAAACUCGCCAAAGCUGUCCUGGAUUACAGAGUGAGCACAAUAGAAGGCGCUAAAUCCAAUGCCCAGCAGCAAGGUUUUAAGGGCUUGAAGUUUCCAUGGGAGAGUGCUGUAUCAGGUCAGGAGGUGUGUCCAGAAGACAUUUACGGACAACAGGAGAUCCAUAUUAAUGGAGAUGUAACUUUUGCCUUCCAGCAAUACUUCUACCUCACACGGGAUCUUGAUCUGUUUAAAUCUGGGCGUGGAAGUGAAGUGGUGUGGGGAGUGGCUGAUUACUGGGUGUCUCGAGUUACCUGGAACCCAGAAGAUAAGAGCUACCAUCUCAAAGGAGUGAUGCCUCCUGAUGAAUACUACUACAAUGUUGACAACUCUGUGUACACAAACAUUGUGGCCAAGAACAGUUUGCAGUUUGCUGUGGAGUUAGCUGGCCUGCUGCAGCAUCCGGCACCGCCAGAGUGGCAGGAGGUGGCUGAUAAACUCAAAAUCCCCUUUGACUCAGACCUGAAAUACCACCCGGAAUUUGAUGGUUACAGAAAGGGAAGUCCAGUAAAGCAGGCUGAUGCAGUGUUGAUAGGUUUUCCACUGGGCGUCUCAAUGAGCCCAGAAGUCAGAAGGAAUGAUCUGGAAUGGUACGCUGCUGUCACUGACCCAAAUGGACCUGCUAUGACCUGGGGAAUGUUUGCAGUGGGUUGGUUGGAGCUUGGUGAAGCUGAAAAAGCACAGCAGCUUAUAGAGAAGUGCUUUAAAAACAUCCAGGGACCCUUCCAGGUAUGGAGUGAGUCGUCUGAUGGUUCUGGAGCUGUUAACUUCCUCACUGGUAUGGGUGGAUUUCUGCAGGCUAUGCUGUUUGGGUACACUGGCUUUAGGAUACAAAAGGACUGUCUGUGUUUUGCUCCGCUGAUGCCUGAUGACGUGGCUGUGUUCAGUGUGAAAGGUGUGAGCUACCUCAACAACAAGCUGGACUGGCUGGUUCAGAAACAAGAAGUCAGUGUUGUAUUGAGGAAGCAGGCAGAGGAUUCUGGCAGUGAGAAGUUGUGUCCUCUGGAGAUCGUAUUAAAAAGCUCUGGAAAAAUAAUACCUCUUGUCCCAGGCCAGACGGUGACCUUUCCACGACAAGCUGGCAAGAUCCAUAAACAACAGUCUAGCUCAUCCUGCUGGCCUCUGUGAUCAACCAAUCAUACAGCAGAGCAGAGGGAUAGUGUGUGAUAGCUGUAGCCCUAAAGGACAGACAUAAUAAAAGUAUUACUUUUAUAUGUUGUAGCACCUUUGUGUAGAAUGUUUGUUUUAGGGAAUUACUUUCAGAUUGCAAAACUGUUGUUUUUUUUUAGACAAAAAUCUAAUCUAAUAAAUUAAAAUAAAUUAAAAUAAAUACAAAAAAUUUUUUUAACUAAUUUAAAAUGUUUACUUUAAAGGUAAGUGUUCACAUUACAUUACAUUGUAAUUAGCACACACUUUUAUCCAAAGCGAAUUAGACAUGUUUAGGUACAUAAGCAAAUAGAGGACAUACAAAUUAAAGGCAAAAUGUAAAACAUUUAGCAGAGCCUGAUGAAAUAUUAACAUUUCAGUUAGGAAAAACGUAGUAAGAGGUGAGCAUUAAAAGAAAGACCAUUUCAAACCACAUAGUGGUAAUACACAUUAAUAAUAAUUAAACAUAUUUAACACAAUAUUUUUUAAUGACAGAUGGUAACUGGAAAUUAAAAUUCUCAUUCUAGGUUUUUUACUUUUAGUAAAAUGAUUGUAUGGAUUAUAUGGAAAUAAAAUGAAAUGUGUUUUGGUA